UCGCCGCCGCCGCCAUUAAGCCUCUGGGGAAAAGGGGAGGGAAGGCAGGGCUUCCAGGCAGCCUCUCUUUCCAGGGCAACCGGCGCCUCCUCCUCCUCCUCCUCCUGGUCCUGGUCCUCUGAGGCGGGAGCCUUGCAGGGACGUGUUCCUCUUGCAAGUAUCAUCUUCCACUUCCAAGAGUGCUUUGAGUACUUCUGUGCUUUUGCUACAAGGCUGCUGCCUUCAGCCAAGAAAGCUGUCUUUUUAAUUAAGCCAAGAAUUUAAGGACUAGGGAGGGGACAAGGUGUGAGGAUUUCUCUUUGGAUUGACCUGACACCAGGGGCAGGUCCUUUUUCCCCUGGCUUUCAAAUUCUAAAUUUGGCCUUGUAAAGCCAGCUGAAAAUGGAACUAGAAACUUCAAGUCCAGAACUACCAGAUAGGCUGGAAGGACUAAGAAAACCGUCCAGUGUGGUUCUUUCUGGAUGCCCGAGGGAACACUCAAGAUGGAGACCACCACGGGACCUCAAACGGGAAGCAUACAGAGGGAUGCACCAGCAUUGGGAAACUCAGUGGCAGGAGUUCCUGAAGACCAUGCAGACAUCUCCCGUGGUGCAGGAGAACCUGGAGUUAGCAGACACCGCUCCAUGGGAUGAUGCCAAGGGCUUCCUGGCCUCCUUUGAGCAAGUGGCCAGAGCCUGCCAGUGGCCUAGAGUAGAAUGGGUGGCCAGGCUCUUGCCAGCACUCAGUGGAAAAGCAGAGCAGGCCUUUAGGGGCCUGGAAGCCAGAGACAAGAAGGAUUAUGGGAAAGUGAAGGCCGCCAUCUUGCGAGAGGAUGCCCUGAGGAUGGAGCUGCAGCGCCAGCACUUCAGGCAGUUCUACUGCCAGAUGUCUGAAGACCCCCGAAGUAUUUACAACCAGUUGCAGGAGCUCUGCCACCAGUGGCUGAGGCCGGAGAGGCGCAGCAAGGAGCAGAUCCUGGAGCUGUUGAUCCUGGAGCAGUUCCUGGCCAGCCUCCCACCAGACCUCCAGGGCUGGAUCCGAGCCGGCGGGCCAGACACCUGCUCCCAGGCUCUGGCCCUGGUGGAGGACUUCAUGAUGAACCAGCAAGAGGAUGAGAGAGAGAUGUGGCAGGAACCAGAAAUGACCAAAGCUCCCUUGGAUGCAGAAGGUGUUCCUUCAGACCUCAAUCAGAAAGGGAUCUGUAAGGAAGCCAAGCAGAAGAGUAACAAGGAGAAUAAUUUCUUGGGCAAUGGGCACCAAGUGACCAACAACUCCAAUUCAUUGCCUCCUCCGGAAGGACAUGAAAGAGCCGAAGAGAACCUCACUGAGGGACCAGUGAAUCCCAAGGAAAUGGCUGCAUCAUUGCAUAUGGUUGAGCCAAGUGUGAAACAGCCAGGUCCACGGACAAUGUUCUGGCAGGUGAUGCAGGAGGAAGAUGGGGACAUAGAAUCUUUGGAGGGACUUUUAGUUCCCAAGCCUGACCUCACUGUCCACCCAGCAGAAGAAGAGGAGGAAGUGGAGGAGCCGAUGUUUAUCCAGUUCCCUGUAGAAAGUGAGCGUCUUCCAGGCCAAGAUUCAGGUGAGGAGAAGAGAAGUCGGAUCAAGAUAGAGACCCCUCAGGUGGGAGAGAUGGAGGUGUUAACAGGAUUAUCUCAGUGGAACAUUCCUGCGGCAACAAGAACAGUUUGUGAGCAAAGAUGUGAUGAGAAGAUAAGUCGGAUCAAGAUGGAGAACCCCCAGGAGGGCAAGGUUGGGACUUUAGCAGGAUUGUGUCAGUGGAACAUUCCAGUGAGAGCAGCAGUUCAAGAACAGAAAUGUGAUGAGAAGAGCAGUGUGAUCAAAGUGGAAAACUUGCCCCAGGGAGACACCACACCAGCAUUAAUGGAAAUUUAUCAUGCGCCUAUGACAACAGCAAGUUAUGAACAAAGAUGUGAGUUGAACAGGGAGCAGGGCAAGCAGCCAGAACAAGAGGAAUCCAGUAUGUUUCCAGAAUACCUUUCAGCUGCCACAAGAGAAACUUCUCCCCUGUUGCCUACUAGGCCCAAAAAACUCUUGGUUUCCAAGUCCAGUAGAAAGCGCAACUGCCACUUUGGACUUGUUAUGAAAAAUAUUGGAGAGGACUACUCUGAAUGUUCCAUGUCAGGGCUAAGCAUCCAGCAAAAAACCUGUCUUCUGACACAGCAGAAAAUCCAAAUGGGAAAGAAAGCAUGUAAUAGUUCUGAGUGCAGGAAGAGCUUCUGUCCGAGGUCAAGGCUUAUUAGACAUCAGAAAAUUCAUACCAGCAAGAGUCCCCAUGAAUGCUUGGAGUGUGGCAAAUGCUUUAUUUCUCGAGCAACAUUAACAGUGCAUCAAAUCAUCCACACCGGAGAGAAACCGUUUGAAUGUCCCCAGUGUAGGAAAUGCUUCAGUCAGAGGACAAGCCUGUUGAGACAUCGAAAGAUCCACACAGGGGAGAAAGUGCACGAAUGCUCCGGGUGUGGGAAGAAGUUUUAUCGGAAAGAUAAGUUGAUUCAACAUCAGCGAAUUCACACGAGGGAAAAAUCUUACAGAUGCCGCAAGUGUGGGAAGAGCUUUCCUGUUAUGAAGAAGCUAGUUGGGCACCAGAAAAUUCAUUUAGCCCAUUAACAGAGUUAACGCUCAAGGGUUUAUCAAAUUUAAUGUUGUUACAUUUGAAAGAAUCUCAUGUGGGGAGAGAAACCUUAUCACUACUGUAUGAGUUUUGUCAUGGAUCACAUUAAUAUUCCAUGGAGAGGAUCAUCUUCUAUUGUAUUUGUUACUACUGUAUUUCUUUGUUAGUAGCUACGAUGGUAGUAAAUAAAGUAAUAUUAAGUCCUGUGUAGACUUAAUUCCACUUGUGACAUUUGCAAACCACUUCCAGAUUGCAACAGGAUUUUUAAAAUUGGUUGAUCGAAAGUGAGGUGGAGUAUGUGACAUUUCGGUAAUUUAUCUGCUACUACCUUACACAUUUGGGUUAGUCUAUUUCAUCGUUGUUAUAUGCCGUAAAUAUAAUUCAGUAAAGCAACAUACUGCCUUACUCAAAUAUAAUAUAAGUCUCUCCUUCCUAGGCCCAUACAAUCUAAAACUUGACCAGUUUUUCAUUGUGAACUACAGUACGUACUCCAGUUCCUUUGAAGGAGUUCAAAGUUUUGCAGUUGUUGGUAUUUCAUAAUAGAUUGCAGUUCUCCAGUUUUGCAUUGGUGUCAAAGACCUGCCCAAAAAUGUUGUAUAUUGAAAACAUUCUCCAUUCAAAGAUAUACAUUAAUGUACCACACCUUUGUGACUGAAAUAAAUAAAUUUCCUGAA